AAUAACGAAGAUGGCGUCCCGCGGGAAGUCGAAAAGCACGGCAAUGGAUGGUCUUGCCAAGCAGUUCGCUGCAAUCACAGGUGCAACUGAAGAUAUUGGUCGUCGCUUGCUUGAAGUGUGCAACGGCAACCUGGAGAUGGCCAUUGGUAUGCAGCUAGAGGGCGCUGUGGAGACUGCUGAGGCAGGGGCUUCGGCCGGUCCAUCAGGAGCCUCGGCUGGACCAUCAGGGGCUGAUGCUGCUCCAGACAUCCCCCCUGAUGACAGUGUCCGUGCACCCAUACCCCAGAAGAGAGAAAUUCUGGUUCAGGAUGUACCAACUUUCGGUCCUCGGCCAAGGCGCAGAGGAGGACAAUCAAUUUUUGACAAGUUCAGGGACUUCCAGGCCGAAACUCGGCACCAGGAAGCGAUGAUUCGUAACCAAGGCAAUCAAAUACCCCAGUCAGCAAAGAUUCGUACCCUAGAGGACUUGUUCCGACCCCCAGUGGACCUGAUGCACAAAGGCACCUUCAAUACGGCUCGAGAGGCCGGUCAGAGCCAGGGGCGAUGGCUCAUUGUCAACGUCCAAGAUGUGCAGGAGUUCAGCUGUCAGAAACUCAACAGGGACGUGUGGAGUGACCCGACGGUCCGCAGCAUCAUCAGGGAGUCUUUCAUAUUCUGGCAGGUGUAUCACGAUAGUGAUGAGGGCCGCAGAUACAUGCAGUUUUAUCGGGUCAGAGAGUUCCCUCAUGUAGCCAUUCUGGACCCCAGAACAGGUGAGCUUCUUGUAUCUUGGAAUAACCUUGAUAGCAUAUCAUUUUGUGAUCUUGUCAUGGAGUUCCUUUCUGACCAUCCAUGCUUCGACAAGGAUACGCUGUCAUCACCACCUGCCAAAAGAGCCAGAACGUCCACGAGCAUUUUAGAUGAAAGUGAAGAUUGCCAACUAGAAGCAGCCAUCGCUGCCUCCCUAGCCGAAUCUACUAGCUCCUCCUCCCAAAGCACCCAACCCAGCGAGAACUCGUCCGCUGCGUCAUCCUUCAUGAGGACGCAGAACACAAUCAGUCUCUCCGACGACGAAGACGAUGAAGUUGAGGAGGAGGAAGAUGAGAAGGAUGAUGUCAUCGUGAACGUUGAGAGCAACUCCAGCCAUACCGGCAGUGACUCGGAUUGCAUCAUUGAGUCGGUGACCGACGGCAGUUCGCAGAAUGUCAGGACGUCAUCGAGCCCAUCCUCACAGAACUCAGAGAAGGCCACCCCGGCGGUGCUUUCUUCAUUAAACGGGAGUGUUUCUACAGACGGAGAAGGUAGAACUCAAACACUCGACAUCAACAAUGACGGGGAAAAACAGGGUGGGGAUUUGGAUGAAGACUUCGAGAGGAAAUCAUCCAACUCAUUGGACAGAAUCGUGGGAAAUAGGACAGACGACAUGCCUGAAACUGGUGUGAAGAAUGGCAAGUCUGAAGUCGAUGCAGGGUUGUCACAGGAGCAGACUCAAGCCAAGCUGAUGCUUCGGUUUCCCGAUGGAAAGAGGAAACAGCUGUCACUUUCAGAAGACACUCCUCUCUUGACUCUGGUGAAACUGGUUGGCAAGGAGGGGUUUUCCAACGAGCGCUAUGAGAUGGUGACCAACUUUCCAAGGAGGAAACUCUCAUACAUGGACUUUGACAAGUCACUGAAAGAUGCCGGGCUCUGCCCACAAGAGACCAUCUUCAUACAGGAGCGCUAGGGUGGCACCAGGAAACCUCAAGAGACAUGCCUCUUUGUGGUAGAGUACGCGCAGUCUGGCCAGUAUGCUCGAGGGUCCUGCAUCUCCAGCCAGUGGCUUACAGGUGCAAGCCUCGUCCACACUCCAAGGGAUCGGGGCAGUUACUUUGGUGGAGCGAGAUGCGUGAAGGCUGUGGGAAAACUUCCGAAACUCACGUCUGCCGCUGGAAGCAGAUUUUAUUUUCAGCAGAUGAUCCAGAUGUAAAGUUUCAAAAGUGCCCUGUCUAUUUCUCUGCUGCUAAGUUCUGAAAACAUUAGUAUUUCUCUUCACACUUUGUGUAACAGCCCAACAUUACGCAACUGCUUGGCGAAAAUAAUAAAAACCUGCAUUGUGUGCUCUUUCAAGUGUUUGGAAAGAGGAAUGAUCAAAGGCAAAGAGCAAUGCACGGUAUUGUGAUUCAGCCCUUGUGAGCCUAAAGGACAAUGAUUCCAGCCCACACUCUCAGAGUUUGGGAUUAGUGGAAAUCCUGAGAAUGCACCACCAACCAUGUAGCUGGCAUUCUUGAGAGCAUUUUUAAUUAGUGCUGAGAAUCUUGUGGUCCCUUUGCUAAAGCAGUUUUUGUAAAUUGGAGUGGAUGUUAAUUUAUUUCCCCAAAAUCCUCCCUUAAGGAAACCCAGUGGUACGUUUUAUUGGACUGAAAUGUAAGCAUUCAAAGGAAAUCCCUUUCAUCAUUCCUGCUACUGUAAGUUCAUGUUUGGAGUCCAUUACGAACAGAAGUCUUACCCUUUAUUUUUUUUCCCAGUUGUACUUGUCUUUUUGAAUUGUUUGGGUCAUGUGUCCUUUGACCUUCCAUUAACCAAGUCUGUACAAUACCCAUCACAUGUUACACAUUUAAACAUGUUUUCCUUUGUGCGAUAAGCAUGAAGUUCACAUGGUGCAGAUCAGCAGUAAGACAAGGUAAACACGUUUUUCCCGUAAACUAGUAAAGAAAAGGUCCUCGACAGGAGUGGACAAACUCGUUCAUGUUGGGGAACAGGUCGUGUGACCCCUGAAUUUGAGGUCCUAGCUGAUCCACCUUAAGAGAGUCAUGUGAUGCUCAGUUUUGACGGCAGUAACCCCAGUGUCCAUCCAUUUAUGGUAUUGUACAAUUUUUAAAGUUGAGCUGGGCUCUCUUCCCUGAUCAGCAACAUGUACCUGUAGAUAUGCAUUAUAAUCUGUAAUAACAGUCGUUUCUAUUUUUAAUCUGAAUUUACAAGGAAAGCUCUCGAAAACAUAAAGUACAGAUGUGUGCAGGUGUCACUUCUGUAAGUGUAUUGUCAACAUCAAAAAGAUUUCAUGCUCAAGGAGCUUGUCAUGCAAACCACCCACAGCAGAACAGUCAGCCCACAGAAUCUCGGGACCUACACCACCACACGCAAAACUCCCAAAGGGUGACCAUCCCUUAAACUCUCCAGACUGUACGUGGCUGCACUAGGAUGUUUCUGGCCAUGAACUGCUUUCAAGGCAUAUCGGCAUGCUCGUCAGUAUGUCGGGUGUCAUACCUAAUUAUCCCGAAUCAAUGCACAAAUCCCUAACUUUCACCGUCUCUCUCUUACAAAUGCAUUCGCACCAUACAAAACCGUAGGAAAAUACAUGCAACUCUAGAAAACAUGGAGUGUGGGUGGGUAUGGUGCGGGAUGGUGGUUGGGGCGUUCCAGACAGCAAACAAUCACUAAAGACCGGAUUACAGAGUAUUCUUCUGACGAGAGAUUGUUUAUUUGCAUGACAGGGUUUUUUGAUCAGGUAAAACAUUUUACUGGUUUUAAAAACCAUUAGGCGUGGGACAGCUGUUAAUGCACAUGCAAACAAAUAAUACGUAUUUGGAAAGUCUUCAAAUGAACAAAUUUACAUGUAUUUAGAGUGCCUUUUAAGAAAAACACUUAUAGAAAUUUGUAAAAUCACAUCUGAAUGUUCAAAUGAUAAAGUAUGCCAUAUUUUGGUAUUUUCAACA